AUGGUGGGUUUUCUCUGCCUUCUCCUCUCUCUGACUGCUCUACAAGUGGAGGGUUUCAGUAGGGGAGGAUCUUCCAUUGCUUCUCAGUGUGGCUCAAUGCUACCUGGUAAUAGUUUUCAUGGCAGCACAGGGCAGAGCUCUUCCUCACCAUACACUGUCACUGUCAACCAGACCACCUACCAGCCAGGAGACACCAUCCAAGUGACUCUGUCAGGAACCAUCACCUAUAAAGGGUUUCUUCUGGAGGCCCAUGAGGAAGGACAGAACACCGCUGUGGGAACGUUCUCUCUCGGCAGUGGAACUGGGAUCGUUCUUGUACCUUGUAAUGGGAUCGCAGUCAACAUUUAUGCAGACCUCCAGGGUAUUUUGGAUUGCAGUGCCUAGCGUGACAGUAAACCGACUGUCCUCAGUUGUCACCACUACAAGAGCUCAAACAACACCAAAUCCUGCUCCUACUACAACAACUACAGCUCCUAAUACAACAACUACUGCUCCUACUACAACAACUACAACUCCUAAUACAACAACUACUGCUCCUACUACAACAACUACAGCUCCUAAUACAACAACAACAGCUCCUAAUACAACAACUACAGCUCCUACUACAACAACUACAGCUCCUACUACAACAACUACAGCUCCUAAUACAACAACUACAGCUCCUACUACAACAACUACAGCUCCCACUACAACAACUACAGCUCAUACUACAACAACUAGAGCUCCCACUACAACAACUACAGCUCAUACUACAACAACAACUAUUGCUCAACUACAGCUCCUACUACAACAAAUACAUCUCCUAACACAACAACUACAGGUCCCACUACAACAACUACAGCUCCUAACACAACAACUACAGGUCCCACUACAACAACUACAGGUCCCACUACAACAACUACAGCUCCUAACACAACAUCUACUGGACCUAUCCCAAACAGCUCUGAACAGCACAACUAUGGCUCCUACUGCUACAUCUGCUACUCCUAGUGCUACUCCUAUGACUCCUAAUACAUCAACAACUUCAACUAUUGCUACUGCUACAACUCGUCUUAGACUUACGAGUUUGAGAGAAAGAAAUCGCUACUCUGAACCUAAGGGCUGCGAUGUUAGAGAUGACCCCAGGAACUGCACUUACGUCUCUGUCACAACCAGGCCACCUUACAUAGUGGAGAUUAGUGCACCUGCAGAGACACUUCAGGGAUACCUGGGGAUCAUCAGUGAAAUACUAACUAAUCAAAUCAAGUUUGAAUCAAUGAUUCUGAUGUACGAAAGUGGAACAUUUACAGUUCAAAGGGCCUUUUACAAUGGAGCCACAUUUAUCAACAAAACACAAGUGGAAGUGACGUACAAAGAACUUGCUUAUGAUCCUGAUAUAAAAAUAAUCCAAUUUAGUUUCAUGAUCCCUGAUAAUUUGGCUCCACUUUUGCUCAAAACCUUGACCCUAACGCCCAGACGUGUAAUAGAUACUGGUCUUCAAAAAGUGUUCUUUGUCCGGGGAUCUGUUGGGGAUAAUGGUGAUCUUGGCUCUCCCUCCAUCACACUUUUGACAGGCCUCUCCAGUCAGGUUUCCUCAAGCUGUAGGAAACCCCUUUUUCAGGGCCUGUUGAUGACGUUGGUCUGUUGGAACCUCUUCAACCUUCUGCCCUAAACCUGCUGAGCUACCAAAGGAGGACUUUACAGCCAAGUUCAACAUUUUAUUGAUUUUCCCAUUUUUGUUCAAUAACACUGUAUUUUGUUAUAUACUGUAGUCGUGCAUAUUUAUUCAUAUAUAUGUAUGUAUCUUUUCUCUUGUCAAUGAUGUUUUGUUUAGUGUUUAUUUUUUAUUACUUGUUGAAAUGUACAUAAUAUAGAGUAUAAAACUAUUCCAAUCCAAUCCCAGUAUAUACUUAUCAAUGCUAAUGUAAAUACGUUAAUGAAUGUUUUUGUGUCCUGAAAAUAUGAUUUAUUAGGAUGUUUUACACAUGUUCUGUAUCUGAUCCUUAAGGCUAUUCGCUCCACUAGGAGCUGAAAGUACAAGUUAAGUACUUCAAGUAUUUGAUAUGGAACUGAGCGUUGGGUUUUGAAUGCCUAGAAAACCUUAAACCAGAGAAGUGAAGAAAUGUGUACUCUUAUGCAAUAACAAUGUCCACAUAUAUUUUGAAUAGAAUUUAUGCUAUUUAUGCUAUUACAUUUCGGUAUUUCUUUGGCUGCGUUUACACAGGCAGCCCAAUUCUGAUAUUUUGUAUUAAUUGGUCUUUUGACCAAUCAGAUCAGCUUUGAAAAAAUAGUUCUGAUGCGAUUGGUCAAAAGACAAUUUAGUGGGAAAAAAAUCACAAUUGGGCUUCCUGUGGAAACGCAGACAUUGUGAUGGUAACACAUAUAAAGGUAAACCAGUGGAGCCACAUCCCUGAUUGGCUGAUGAAUCGCAACACUGAUUAGAAGCACCGGCUGCUCACCGCUUACUCACCUGUCUUCCCUAUAAUAAAUACUGUUUCUGAUUGAGAAAGUUGUGAACCUACACACUGUAGAAGGCUGUGUACUGCUAUCAUGUUGUAGUAAAAAUAAUAACAAUAUAUAAAAAAUGAA